AUGGAAGCCUUGCAAGAAUCGAACAAUGAGAUGGACACGUCAUCAAACAUUGGUCCUUCUUCAUCUUCAGUAGCGAGAACUAAAAUCAACUAUAGACCGAUGCCUAAUCCAUUAUCUGUAUAUGUACCUUUGGAGUCUCUAACCGAACAGACUGUCAUGUCUGUAGUUGCGACUACGUUUAAACAUGAACUACCAGAUUGGAACGAUAGUAGACGUACUUUAUUGGUAUUUUUACUUGCAAUUAACGAAAGACUCAAUGAGAUUGAAAAAAAUAAGGUUCAAUUCGAUGAACAAACUCUUAAACAUGCUAUCGAAGUUCGUCAAUGGCUUGUACGAAAAGGAAAAUCAGGUCAAACUAUGGAACUUGAUUGGAAUGAAUUACGAAAAACUUACGAUAAAAUGAUUAAUAACAAAAAUACCAAAGAAGAAACAUUUCUUUAUAUGAGAAACGAAGAACCUUACUUUGAGUUGACUAUUGAUGCGGUUUCAACAUUAAGUAUUCUUGUUCAGGGACAUCCUGAUAUAGAGCAAUCUCGUAAAUACAUGACUCGCUUUCGCAGCAAUGGCUGGGAACCUCAUGAACUGAAAGUGUAUUGGAAUGAAGAACAGCUAGAAAUUCUCUGUCCAAAAGAUGGGCAAGAGGUUGAAAAGACAAGACUUCCACCGCACGAUCCUUCAGAUGUUGAUGUUGUACAAGCACUUCGUCAAUAUCCAGUUUCGAAACGAAAUCAUGCCGGCACGAUUACCUAUAUCAAUAAAGGAAUAGAAAAGGCUGUUUUCGAUGUACCGAAAGAUGCUCAAAUUAUUCUUCUCAACUUUGCCAAUGAAUGUUCACCAGGAGGCGGCUAUUUGCGUAGAGCUUGGGCACAAGAAGAAAUUAUUUUGUAUAACUCGGAUGGUUACCGAGCAUUGCUUGAUCUCAAAUAUGGACGAAUGGGUGGUGGUUAUGCAAUACCGGAAUUUGGACUAGCUUAUGUGCGUGAUAUUUGUUUUAUCGAUAAGGACACUGAACAAUGCCGCCAAGCAGAUAUGUUAGUGUCGGCAUGUUACUGUCUCGUUUAUCCUCAACUUUAUGAUAAUCCGACGACUGUAGAUGAGUGGAUAAAAAACAACAUAGCCAAAUUUCGUGCAUUCAUAUCGGCAGCUGUUGCUAAUACGAAAGGUGACGGAUCGAACACCUAUCUACUACUUGGACCGAUAGGUACUGGUGCUUUUGGUAACGAUGUCAAUCAAAUUGGAUACGUCUUUCAACAUGUACUCACGUCGCAGAUGAUGGGCUCUAGUGGUCCAAUCAGCAAGGCUUUCAGUAAUAUUUGGUUUGUUUCUACAGAUGCAUGGAAGAACGAACUUUUCGAGAAAAUUUUAUCUGAUGAAGAAAUUCCUGAGGUCGAAUAA